UCCCGUUAAAUUUAAAGAGAUGAACAUUAACAUAAAUACUAAAAAAAUUUUUUUUGCCGUAAAUUAAAUUAUCAAUCGAAUCCACUUUUUGAAUUGAAAUGGAUAAAUUCAAUAAAAUUAAAGCAGACCAUUGCUGUUUCUUUAUUCCUCUUCGAAUUGGAGCUUUCAUCGUUGCAGCGUGGAUUUUCAUUUGGAAUCUUUAUCUUGGUAUUUUUCAUUUUUUAACAGCAGGAUUCAAUGAUUUCGGAUCGAUUUACACGAGAAUUGUCGGAGUGCUUUAUUUAUUCGUAGCUUUAAUUGCAUUUUAUGGUGCUCACGGAAUGAGUAUUCUAUCAGUUAUUUCAUUAUCUAUUGCUGCUGCUAAAGAUAAAGGGAAUUGUGAAAAAGCGAAUCCUAACAAUACUGAAGUUUGUGAUUAUAAAUUUCCUGUUGUAAGUUGGCUUAUUAAUUUUGUUAUUGGCGUAAUUAUUGAAGUUUAUUUGUAUAUUGUCAUCAGAUCUUACAAAAGAGAGCUUUUUGCUCGUGUAUCUGAUCAUUCUGAUGUCUAGAAUAUUUGUGACUGUGCCACUGUCGAUUAAUCAAAAUAAAUUACCCUAUUAAAUUACAAAAUAUAAAAGCCACCUCAUAAGCCUUAAAUGUGUUUGCUUCAAAUUACUAUGUCAAAAAAGAAUGAAACAAUCGGUUAUCGCCCAAAGUGUUACAUAACUUGAGUCAUUUUUCAUGGGUUAUUGAAUGUGUUGACGUGAAUUUCAUCUUCAAAGAUAAUUACCUAAAAAAAUUUGAAAUUUGUAUUUGUCUUAAUAAUAUAGAGUUAAACGAACCGAAUUCAAAAAAUUAAUCAAGUUUCAAUGAUUUUAAUAUAUUAAUAAAUUUAUCACGUACAGUAUA